AGAGAGUCACGGGCCAGCCCCUAACUUGUGCAGGCAGCUGACUAAGUUUAACACUUUAAACAUGUUUAGUCGCCUAACUAGUCUCAUUUAAUUAAGACAGAAAGACAGCCAUCUUUUCAGACCGUUUGCUCUCUCUCUCUUUCUUUUAAAUCUUUUCUCAUUAUGUCUCAGGACUUAAAGCCCGAUGUAAAGCCAGAAGGAGCUGAAUCAGGCCAUCAAUCUAAUGAACACAUUAAUCUCAAAGUGAUGGGACAGGCUGGUGGAUCUGUCAUACAUUUCAAGAUCAAGAGGAAUACUCCAUUUAAGAAGCUGAUAACAGCAUACUGUGAGAGACAGGGUCUUCAAAAGAGUACCAUUAGGUUCAUGUUUGAUGGCACUCCAAUGCAAGAGGAUCAAACACCAAACGAUUUAGAUAUGGAGGACGAUGAUACUAUAGAAGUAUUCCAAGCUCAAACAGGAGGAUUCUAAUUUAUUAUUAUUAGCUAUAUAUAUACAGCUCAAUUUAAGCUCUUUCAUAUUUAAUCCUCUCACGCACACAGAGACAUUGCUGAUUCAUUAUUUAUUGUCUCUCUCUCCUUCUCUGUUCUUCUUCACGUUAUCAUUUAAUCCUUUGCUUGAUUGUGUAUAGAAAAUGUAUUACAUUAACAAUUUUACAUGAAAUCUUUAAUCUAAUCUAA